AGUGCCCUUCACUCAUGCCACCAGUGAACGGUGGUCUGCGUCCUGCCGGUGUGAACACAUACCUUGAUGUGGUAACGUUUAGAUGUGACCGGGGAUACGAGCUAGUCGGCAGUACCAGUGCUACUUGUCAGAUGGACGGAACCUGGAAUGCUAGUGUUCCAGACUGCAAUGCCGUCAAGUGCACUUCACUCACGCCACCAGUAAACGGUAGUCUGAGUCCUACCGGUGCAAACAACUACCUAGAUGUUGUGACGUUCAGAUGUGACCUAGGAUAUGAGUUGGACGGCAGUACCAGUGCUACCUGCCAGGCGGACAGGAACUGGAGUACAAAUGUCCCAGCAUGCAAUGCGGUGAUGUGCCCUAGCCUGACAGCUCCAGUGAACGGAAGUCUAAUCCCCGCCAAUUCAAACACCUACCUAGAUGUGGUAACGUUCAGAUGUGACCGGGGAUACGAGCUAGUCGGCAGCACCAGUGCUACAUGCCAGGCAGGUGGCAGCUGGAGUUCAAGCGUUCCAACAUGCAAUGUGAUCACUUGUCCUUCACUAACGCCACCGGUGAACGGCGGCAUCAGUAAUAUCGGUGUAAACAACUACCUAGAUGUUGUAACCUUCCGAUGUGAUCAAGGAUACGAACUGAACGGCAGUACUAGUGCUACCUGCCAGGCGGACCGGAACUGGAGUGACAAUGUCCCAACCUGCAAUGUGGUGAAGUGUUCCAACCUGACAGCUCCAAUGAACGGUAAAUUGAGUCCUGUCGAUACCAUCAGCUACCAGGAUGUCGUGUCGUUUAGAUGUGACCGGGGAUACGAGCUGGUCGGUAACACCAAUGCUACCUGCCAAGCAGACGGAAACUGGAGUAAAAAUGUCCCAAUUUGCAAUCCGGUGAAGUGCCCUAGUCUAACAGCACCAGUGAAUGGCAGACUGACCCCUACCGGUAACACCGGUAACACCUACCUAAAUGUAGUGGUGUUCAGAUGUAACCGGGGAUACGAGGUGGUCGGCAGUACCAGUGCAAUCUGCCAGGCGGACAGGACCUGGAGUGCCAGUGUUCCAGACUGUGAUGACAUGGAUGCCUGUUUGUUUGACCCGUGUGUUCCCGAGGCCACCUGUGUGGAUAACCCCCCUCCUGCCGUUGAUGCGACUUGUACCUGCAACCCUGGAUAUACAGGGGAUGGUCGCUUUGUUGGAACUGGAUGUUCAGUAAUGACGACCCCUCCUGCUGCACAAACGUCAACAAGCGCCCGCCCGCCGGUCACGUGUCCACCCUGCCACGCCCAAGCCUCCUGUAAUGACGCAAGACCUAAUCCAACCUGCAGAUGCAACAGUGGCUGGGUUGGAAAUGGAUUCAGUUGCAAUGAUCUAGACGAGUGCAGCUUGACUGAGAGUCGACGUCCCUGCAAAGGACGCCGGGAACGCUGCUUUAACACAAUAGGAAGCUUCAGAUGUGACUGUUUUCCGUGGCUCAUCCGUUACCAGGGUAGCUGUACAGCUUUGAACAGGUUCUACGUCCGCCUUUUAUACAAUGCUAGUUUCGACUAUGAACCAGAUAAACAUGCACCUAGUGGAGCACAGUAUGAACAGAGCAGGAGAUAUCACUUAAAUCACUUCAACUACAUGGUGGAUUCCAUCAUGCAAACCAGAAGAUUUGGAAAUCCAGGGUUUAUACGGUUUGAGAGAGGCAGCUUGGUUGCCUUCCAGUCACUGACACUCAUCGAACAGGAAACACCUCUGCUACCUGCGACAGUGGAGGGACAUUUACAGAGUUACAUCAAUGAUAGUGUCGGGAAUACAUCAUUUCCUUUCGCGGGAGCAACGGUAACAGUAACAGAUUUCGAUGAGUGUCAAGAGAACACAGCGACUUGUCCUUACGGCUCUACCUGUCUGAACACACCUGGAGGAUACGGAUGCACCUACUGCACACCUGAGGUGACCAUCUUAGGCGGAGGAAUGUCCAUAACUCGCAGUAGAGCGUUCAGACUGAAUAGUCGAUUCGCCGUCGGUGCAAACUGUACGGAACCACGAGAUGUUAUGUACAAGUGGGAGGCUUUACCGCCUACCAAAACACAAUGGCAAGACCUUGCAGGCGUUGUUUUAACAAAAGCGGACCUUCUAGUGCCUUCCCGGACACUUGAGUACGGUACAUACGUGCUCAGACUAAGAGUGACUGUCAGAGAGAUCAACACUGGGGUUGUAGUAUCAAGCACAAGUAACAGCGCAUCAGUUACCAUCACAGCCUCCUCUCUCGUUGCUGGUAUUCUCGGUGGGUUCAAAAGACAGGUGAGUACGGGAAAGGUCACGUUGGACGCGGCCACGCUUUCGUCUGAUCCAGAUGGCGUUAUAUUAAGCAGCAAGGAUCUGGACUACCGAUGGUCUUGUACCUCUGUUGGUGAGUGA